CUGCCCACGUCAUCACGUCGUGUUUGAACGCAGCGGCGCGUUAACGAGGAAAAGUGAAGUUCCCAUGAAGCUCGUGAUGUCACAGCUCUUCUCUCAGUCACCGUGUGAAAGUCAACUAGUUCUUUACAAACUAGUGCGUCUAAUGGCGUCGAGCGUCUCACGACAACUGUCCGGAACCAUCUCAUGCGGCUUCUGUCGCGACUUCCAAUGACUGCGAUGACCUGUAAACUCAACGGCCUGUUCAGCCUCGAAGAGGACUUUGAUGAUGAGGACCUGCUCGGGACAGACUGGUCUGUCCGCUCGGCGUCUGGAUCCGCCGAUGUGGCAGCUGCUGUGUCAUCCUGCUCGCUGCGUGCUCCCACUGCUCCUCACACUGAGCCGGAGAGAAAUCACCUCCAGCAAAGCGCCCAUAGAUCAGCUGCCCCGUUUGAUGGCACCGCCUCAAGCAGGAGCAGCAGCACACACACUGCUGCUGAUGGACAAACUGUUGCUGUGGGUUUGAGACAGCUCUCCUCCUCUUCCUCCUCCUCAAAGCUUCACUCCCUCCAUCCUCCCACACAGAUCAACACAAUUUUGGCACAACCGCUGAAGCCCUGUGUGGCCCAGGAUGAUUUCGAUGAUUGGGAUGUUGACCUGGCAGACCUGGAUGAGUGUGACGGCCAGAUGGGUCAGCCGCCUCAACCUCCCGCCCCCUCUCCAUCUGUGCCGACAGCCAAGCCUGCAUCUUCAGCCAAAAUGCUUCGAACCCCGACCUGUGGAGGGAUUCAGACGCUGCCCGAUCGGACCCUGAGAGAGGUCAAUGCUACACGCCAACCAUGUAGCUUGUCUAAUCAGAACCUGCCCUCCCGGACUCUCUCUGCUACUCAUGUGCGAUCUCCCCUUCCCCGCCCUGCUUUCCUGCCUCCACAGAGUCCUGGUGGUUUUCCUGGCCUCACUGCAACUUCCCCUGCCCCGAGCCCCAUUUCCAGGACGCCUAUCAGACCCCAACCACCGCAGAGACCGUGGUCAACUCCAGGCUCCUCCCCCCAGGCCCGUGGCUUCUUUGGGACAGUCUCUCCAGCACCCUCAUCCUCCUCCACCUCUAUGAACUCCACUAUUCUCAGCCCUCAUCCCCUUCACACACCGCUCCUCACUAACCGCCUGGUCCAGCUUGUAUCCGCCUCCAACAGGCUUCCUAAGAAAAGGCCUCGCUCUGAGCCUCACAGGACAAGGACCCGACGGUUCCCUGGGCCCGCUGGACUCCUGCCAGAACAGCCACAGGGUCAGAGCCUGGACAAUGUUGUGGUUUCUGUCCCUCACACUCCUGCUCACGGUGCUGUGGCCCGAUCACCAAACCAGGUUUCCAGCUCACAAACGGAGGAUGACGAUUUCAGUGGCGGUGCCUGGGCAGCGAUGAAGGCAGAGAUGGGAUUGGAUGAGAGGAACCCGUCGUGCUUCCUGCAGACCUACAGUGUGGUCAUGGUGCUUCGGAAGGCUGCACUGAAGCAGCUGGCAAAAAACAAAGUACCCAACAUGGCUGUGCUUCUGAAGAGCAUCAUCCACACACACACUGAUGCCAAGGCUGUGUUCAAGGACCCCACAGGGGAGAUUCAGGGAACUGUGCACCGGCGGCUUCUUGAGGAAAGAGAGGGGGAGCUGAAGGUCGGAGCCGUGCUGCUGCUCAAACAGGUUGGUGUGUUUUCCCCAUCCCAUCGUAACCAUUACCUGAACGUGACACAGAACAACCUGCUGAGGAUCUACACCUCUGAUGGAGUCAGUGUGACCUCCACUCAGCUCCCCCCGCUCGUCCUGGAGCCAAUGUUGCAGUCACCCGCUCAGUCUCCCACCAUCCGCCGGGAGCCAGUGUCUCAGAUGCAUCUGGUGUUUGACGAGGAAGACGACGAGGGACAAGAGGGCGGAAGAUGCACAGAGGGAGGCAAAGACCCUCAAGCCCCAACAGACGGUAGACUCAGCUCCAGUGGAGGCCCCCAACAGCCUGCUGGGAAAUCAGCACCACAGGACCCAGACUGGGAUGCAGAUGAUGACUUGGACGAGCUCCUGGGAGAGUUGCCUGAGGACACCUACAGCCUCUGAUGUAACCUCACAUCAGCAAAUGCACAGACUGUGUCCACUGACUCGAGUUAUUUCACGACGGACUGAUUGUGAACCUUUUCUUUUUCGUGACAUCGCUUCUUGAAAUUCAUAGUUGCCUGACAGCUGAAGAGACAAGCGUGUACUACCAGAGUAGUAAAAAAAACCAGAGUAUGGUCCUGAGUUAAUUUGUUGUCACAAUCUCAUUGUUCUGCAUCACUGAUGAUUGAUGUGUUAUAAAAAGCAGUCACUCGAA